AAAUAAUAGUCCACAGACAAAAAACACAUAUAUUAAGGAAAAAGUAAUUAUGAGCAACUUUAUUGAAUAAAAUGACAAAUUUACCCUUUCAUCUAAAACUUGGAGCCAAUUUUUUCCCACCAAUUUCCUUUCACUUUUUAGUUAAAACAUUCAGCAAAAUUUAUUCCCUCCAUUUUUUUCAUCAUAAAUUGUUAAACAAAAUUAUUCCCACUAAUUUUGGAGCCAAGUAUUUUUAUUGAAAAUAAACAUGGAGCCAAUUUAUGGAUUAGUUUGAUUUCAAGAUACGUAUCUUUUUAAACAGAGAAUCCAUCCAACCUUAUCUAUUUCUUUCUAUGUCUCUCUUUCUCUCUCAACAAAUACUCCACCACCGUAUCUUUCUCUAUGUCUCUAAAAGUGAACAAUCAAUUUUUUUUUUUGGUUUAGAUAUGCCUUUAUUAUUGCUCAUGUCAAUCGUUCCAUCCUCAGGCCACCCCUCCACAGUUCGUCGUUAGCCGUCUUCUCCCUUGUGAAGCCGCCGGAGCCGCCGACCGGAUAUCACCGCAACCCACAACAACAUCGGAGAGCCUCGACCAGACAGCUAAGUAUGGAUCAUAUGGAUAUUACACACACUAAAAAGAAUACUACUGUUGAACAACGUCACGCUAUAUAUGAAGCCUUAUUGCAAGCAAGUUUUUCUGGAGAGUUACAAAGGGGUGCCAUAAGUGAUGUAGCUUCACAAUUCUCGGUAUCAAAUCGGACUGUUAGUCGCAUUUGGCAUCAGGCUAAAUUUCAAAUUAAUCAUGGACUACCGGUUGUUUUAUCUUCUAAUAUGGCGAAGGUUGUUGGACGAAAAAGGGUACAAGUUGAUUUUAAUCAAGUUUUAGAUAUUCCAUUACGUCGUCGAUCUAAUAUACGGUCUCUUGCAAAUUUGUUAAAUGUUUCUAAAUCUACUAUGCAUAGAAGAAUCAAGGAAGGUGCACUUCGACCACACACAAAUGCCAUCAAACCAACUCUUACUCAUGAGAAUAAGAGGGCAAGAUUAGAAUUUUGUUUAUCUAAAAUUAGCCGGUCAUUAUCAAGUAAUAUUCCCACAUUUCAUGAUAUGUUUAAUGUUAUCCACAUUGAUGAAAAAUGGUUUUACAUGUCAAAACCAUCAAGACGUUACUACCUUGUUCCCGGCGAGGAUGAACCAUUAAGAACGUGUCAAAGCAAAAAAUUUAUCACAAAGGUUAUGUUUCUAGCGGCUGUGGCAAGGCCAAGAUUUGAUGCAUCCGGUAAUGAAGUUUUUUCGGGAAAAAUUGGUAUCUACCCGUUUACAAGAUUAGAACCCGCUAAACGUUCAAGUAAAAACCGUGUAGCGGGAACGUUGGAGACAAAGCCUAUUUUAUCCGUGACUAAAGAAGUAACAAGGUCAUGGUUGAUAGAAAAAGUUUUGCCGGAUAUUAGAGCUAAAUGGCCUCGAAGUCAUGUCGGUCCCAUAUUUAUCCAACAAGACAAUGCCAAGCCCCAUAUUGAUGUCAAUGAUAACGAGUUUCUUGAAGCGGCAUCUCAAGAUGGGUUUGAUAUCCGACUUAAUUUUCAGCCCUCUAAUAGUCCGGAUUUAAAUGUUUUAGACCUUGGAUUCUUUCGAGCAAUCCAAUCACUUCAAGAACAAGAGGCUUUAGGUACAAUUGAUGAAUUGGUUCAUGCGGUUCAAACGGCUUUUGAAAAAAUGCAAUCUCAACAACUUAACAAUGUAUUUUUAACUCUACAAACGUGUAUGAGGGAAAUCAUAAAGGUUCAAGGUGGCAACAACUAUCAAAUACCACAUAUUGGUAAAAAUAGGUUGGAACGAGAAGGAAACUUACCACUUCGAAUUGGAUGUGAUGAAAAUUUGAUAAAUGAGGCUUUAUUGCAUUUGGCUUCCUAGUUAUUUUUGAAACAUGUAUUGUGAUCAAAAUAGUGAGAAAAAAAUAUUUUUUUAUUGGUAUUUUUGAUAGUGUAAUGUAUUUUGUGUUAAUUCUUUUUUAUUUUAUGUCAUGAAAUUAGUUUGAUA